AAGACAAAAAUAAACGUGUCCGCCUAAAUAGUAUUAGUACUGAAAGACAACCCAAAAUAUCGUCCACACAGACAACUCUCCUCGCUCUCUCUCUCUCCUCUCGAUACAGUCUCCUCUUUGAAUUGGGAAUUUCCCUAGGGUUUGGUUUGGUUUUGUUGGCAUCAAUCUUCUUCUUCUAUAUGCUCUCGCCAAACUCUCUCAUGGAAUCAGAGUUUCUCUGAAUCCCUCUUCACGUUUGUCUAUAGGAUUUCUCCUGGCUAUAUAUUUUUCGAAAAAAAGUUUUAGGUUUUUACCAAUUAUGUUCGAAAUCUCGUCGCAGUCGGUCAUUUCUAUCAUGAUUUCUCUUCAGAACCUCCGUGUCUUCGGUCCUGGUCUCAAUCCUUUGUCCUCUAACUUCUGCAUCGCCAAUCACUCUCGCUAAUUUUCUCAACCCCUUUUCUUUUUGAUUUGAUUUCUUCCAUUAAAAUCUUCUGCAAGGUUGUGUUUUCCCAGAUAUUGAUCUUUUCUAUUUACAGUUUUCUUCUUCUUCUUUUUAUCUGUGAAGAUUUGAUCAACCCUUUUGGGAUUUCAUUUUCCUCCUAUUCAAGAUUCAAUAUUGAAUCUCGAACUCUGUUUUAGAUACAGCUUGGUAUUUAGAGAAAAAUUAACAGUAUGGUUGAAGAUCAAGAUCAGGUUAGUGCUUUGCGUCGAAGUUUGUCUAGAAGGCGCUCGUUUCGAUCUGAGGUCGGCAGGGAUGAUAGAGGUUGGACUUUGCUUCAUAUUGGGGCUCGUAAAGGGGAUAUUAAACAGGUGAAGCGUCUUCUUGAUGAUGGAAUGGACGUGAAUGUGCCUGCUUGGGGCCCGAAAUCGAAAGGGGUAACUCCUCUCCACUUGGCUGCCGAGGGUGGCCACCUUUCAGUUAUGGAUGAACUACUUGAGCGUGGUGCAAAUAUUGAUGCUAGAACUAAGGGUGCCUGUGGCUGGACUCCACUUCACAAUGCAGCCAAAGAACGGAGGAGAGCAGCAGUGAAGUUUUUAGUUGAGAAUGGGGCAUUCUUACCACCAGAUAUCAACGAUUGCAGGUUCAACCCCCCGCUCCAUUACUGUCCUGGCCUUGACUGGGCAUACGAGGAGUUGGAACGUCUACAACAAGAGAGCUCAUCUUCUGGAGAGACUUCUUCCAGCUCUGAAAGCUAAAUUACAAUCUUUUAUCAGUUGUUUGAUCUGGAUCCCUUGGUGUGCUUGGUGCUGUUAUGUUGAAACUAUUGAAUAUACCGACUACUUGUUAAUGUGUUCUAUGUUGUGCUGUGGUUGUGUUGAA